GGGCGGGGCGGCGAGGCGCUGCGCUGGCGCGCGCUCCCGUGCUCCCAGCCUCUCCCCGCGGGCCGGGCGGGCGGCGGCGGCGCCAUGGGCUGCUUCUUCUCCCGCCGUAGGAAGCCGGCCCAGGGCGGCCAGCAGCAGCAGGCGGCGGCGGCGGCCGGGCAGGACUCGGCGGCCGGCGAGGAGAAGGCGCCGCAGUACAGCUGGGACCAGCGACCCAAGAUUGACCCCAAAGAUUACACUUUUUCCGGACUUAAAGAUGAAACUGUGGGUCGACUGCCUGGAAGAGUAGCAGGGCAACAAUUUGUCAUUCAGGACUGUGAGAACUGUAGUAUCUACAUAUUUGACCAUUCUGCUACAAUCACUAUUGAUGACUGUGUAAACUGCCGAAUCUUUUUAGGACCAGUAAAAGGCAGUGUGUUUUUCCGUGACUGCAAAGACUGUAAAUGCAUAGUGGCCUGCCAACAGUUUCGCACUCGGGACUGCAGAAAGCUGGAGGUAUUCUUGUGCUGUGCCACCCAGCCUAUUAUAGAGUCCUCCACAAGUAUGAAAUUCGGAUGUUUCCAGUACUAUUAUCCUGAGCUUGCUUUACAAUUUAAAGAUGCUGGACUGAGUAUCUUCAAUAACACAUGGAGCAACAUCCAUGACUUUACCCCUGUGUCAGGAGAAAAUAAUUGGGGCCUUUUGCCUGAGAAUGCUGUAGUCCAAGAUCAUGUUCCUUUGCCCGCUUCUGAGGAGCUGAGAGCUGUCAGAAUUUCUACUGAUGCUAUGAGGAGCAUAGUACCAGUAACUCGAGGGCGGAGACAGAAAAGCAGUGAUGAAUCGUGUUUGGCUGUGUUUUUUGCUGGUGACUACACAACUGCAAAUGCCAGGAAGUUAAUUGAUGAGAUGACUGGUAAAGGCUUUCAGCUGGUACAGACUAAAGAAGUCUUAAUGAAGGCAGAGGAUGCUCACAGAGUUUUCCAGCAGCGUGCAUCAGAAUUCAUUCCACUGCUUGAAAAAGGUCCAGUGGUUGCUUUGGAGUUCAGUGGAGAUGGUGCUGUGGAAGGAUGUCAAAGCACUGUAAAUGAUGUUUUUAGCGGGACCAAGGUUUUUGUAUCGGAGAGCAAGGCAUCAGCAUCUCAAGAUGUAGACAAUUUCUACAACUUCGCUGACAUGCAGAUGGGAAUGUGAAGUUUAAUAUGAAGGUGUUCACACACAGUUUAUCUUGGCGCUUGGAUGACACUUGGCUUGAAUAUGGCUGUAGUAUGUGAGAAGUUUUGUCAUUUGGUUUUGUAUUCCUCAUAUAUCCCUUUUGUAAAGCUAUUGGUGGUUUUAAUACCAUAUUACCUGAACUGGGGUAAAUGGCAUAGAUCCCCACAUACGUUGUGUUUAAAACUUGUAUUUCAAUUCCAGAAACAAUGGAGGUUUUCUACUAACUUUUUCCAGUGAUUUCUAUACUUCUGUUGAUACUUGAAUGUUUCUUGUCGACAUCUCAUGGUAAUACAUAUUUGAAAAGUGCAAUGCUGAUUCAAAUUUGCUGCAGUAGCAAUUGUUAUCUUUAACUCAGACACAUUGUUUAGAAAGUGCAUUUAUGCGAAACUUGCUGUUCAAAACUUUCCCACAUGCAAAUAUGUCUUCAUUGGGGGCCAGAGAGGAAGCUGUAGUCGUUGACUUUUUCUGAAAGUGAUGCCAAAACAGCACAGAGUAACUGCUCAGAGACUAAUUUUGUCUUUAAGCAGCAAAGGCAUUUUUGUGCAACGCUGGGGAGCUAGCCGAUUUGCAUGGGACAACUAGCUCCCAAGUUUUCAGUGAAGUGUUAGGUAUUUUAUACAGUUUUCAUGAGAGGUUACACAACGUCUUUACAUAUGUACUCAUUUGAUUUUGACACCUAAUCAUUCCAUUCACAAUAGGUGGGAUCUAAGUGGAGUAGACCUUUCAAUUUUCUUUGUUCAACAAUUUCCUGACUCGAUGGUCUCCUUAUCUCCUUCAGGUGCCCACCUUAUCUUUUCUAAUUAUUCAGAGUACAUUCUCAACACAAACAGAGCAUCAUCCAGAGAACUGUACCAAACUCAUCCUAACUAAUCUUUUUCUUUUAAGACCUUGUUCUGUUUCAAAAGCCUAGUCUGAAAUGAAUUCUUAUAGCAUGCUUUCAGCAAUAAUGCAUGACUUCUAAAAUGCACAUCUGGCUUAUUCUGCUUCAGCAUCUUUUUGAACAGAGUUGUUUGCAGCAGCAAGCAUAACUGCUGUUAUGCUAAUUGUAACACCAUUCUGGUAAGUGAGUACUCGCCAGGCUCUUCUGCUUUGAGGUGAAUUCUGAGCAUGAGUGCUCUGCUGAAGAUGCUUUAAGGUUCUUUCAGGGUCUGCGGUGAUGCAGCUGUCUCUGGUAUUCCCAAGUCAUGGAUGGGAUAUACAUUAAGUUCCCUUGGAUUUGGAGCAAUAGGUCUCUGGCACCUUUGUUGUUUGCUAGAAGGGCUGUACAGCAACCAGGCAGGAGUCAGAGAAGGUCUCUGAUGGCAUGGAAAAACCCUGUUCUUUACUAGACCCCAGGAGAAGGGUUUUACACUCAGUAGUAGUAGUGAAAAUUAAUCUGUAAAGUACUAUACUGCUAUAGGGUUUAUUUUGGAUUAAUUCUAAAAACAGACUGAAGAAGUGCUACUAGCAUUUUGGGAGAUGCAUUUGAAUAGUGAUCAGUAAGGAUGCUUAUUGCUAUAUAGUGCAUGGUAAAAUGCGAAUAUAUAUGGAUGGAUAUUAAAUACAUUAUUGAUUUAUUUUUGCAUAUUGCAUACUUAAUGAUUUUUCUACGUGAACUUAAACUUAUGUCCAGGUUUACAAGCCCUCUGUAAUACUUGAACAGGCUGUGCAUGCAGACACAGAAAACCAAAUUUCUUAAUUAAAAUAGUGGCAUGCCAGUUUAGCAUUUACAAUCCAUUGAAUGUACUGGGGCUGUGUUGAGGGGCUAAAGCAGUAAUUUCCCCAUUAUGGUCAUCUGUCAAAAGGGAAGAUUUUGUGCACCUUAACUGAAAAUGAGUCAUCAGUUUCAUAGCUCUGGAGCUCCCAAAGUGGGUGGCUAAAAACACAUCUUUUCCUAAUUUUUUAGAAUUAGCACAUGAAAGAAUCAGUUCUCCUGAAAUUCAGAAUUCUGUCAUGCCCAAAAGAUAUUCUGAGCUGUCAUUUUGUUGCUACUAGGCAAAUGCUUGCCCUUAGUUUAAACUAUGUAUCAAGAAUACGUCCUUAGGACCUCUUGUUAAGGUUAUGCAUAGAUAAAAUAAGAAAAAUAUCUCCUGAAGUUACUCAGCCACUGGUGUAUAGAAAGUAAGAAAAAUGUCACUUCUGUGAAAUGUUUUUAUUUGACAAAGUGAAAUGAAAUCAAACUGCCACCAGAAUCUGACUGGUAGUGGAAAUUGCCACUUAUCUGCACUUAGCCAGCCAGCAUUUUUUUUUUUUAUAUAUGUGUGAGGAGAGGCUAUGAAACCUUAGAUCAGUCUCCAAAGUACUAGUGCAACUCGUCAAUGAAAUUAUUCCAAACACAUAGAGUAAAUGUACUGUCCAUACCACAAAAAUACAUUAAAAUUUUGUAAUGUACUUCAGAACUGUCAUUGUGUAAUUUAUCUAAGCAGUGCAUAUAUUGGACCAUCUUGGUCUCUAAACUUCUAUAUAUUUCCAAACUUAUGUGCUGACAUAUGAUUAUAUGUAUGUUUAAUAGUUUAUUUUUCGCAUGACCAACCUGCUCUGGAAACAAAGUGCUAAAUUGAUUUUUUUGUGACUAGUUUUACUGGAGGACAGGAUGAUUAAUUGAAAAUUAAUGUAGUCUUGAAACAGUGGAAGAACUUUUCUACAUGCUAGGGGAAAGAGCAGUGUGUUGCUUUUUUUUUAAAUGUUAGUAAGCAGGCUAUCAAUGAAGAGUUUUUUACUUAAAAAAAACCCUAAAUAAUGAAGGAGUUUCUCAGUCUGGUUAUUUAUCUUUUGACAUCCAUUUCUUGCUAACAGGUGUUAAGAACACUUCCAGCCUAAGCAUCAGGUACUGUAUGCAUUACAGAAUGGUACGUGCUUCAUGUAGUCUUUGUACGUUUGUUGUAUAGCUUUUUAUGUAAUUUGUAUUGCACUGUGAAUGUGAUUCAUAAUAAACAUUGAAAAUCUA